AUGCGCGAGUUCGAACUUACAGGAGCUAGAUACCAGCCUUGUACUGUCCUACGCGAUCAUCACAUCCCUUACGUGAUUUGGUUCGAAGACGCCCUCCGACGCUAUGGUGUCCCGACAGGAAUCUUUCAUCACUAUCUUCUAGUCAAUGACCUGGACGAAGCCGCUGAGGUUUUGAUACAGCGGCUCGGAUGGACCUUGAGCUCGGCACCAGCAAGGAUUGGAAGUGCGACUGUCGACACGCCGCAGCGCCGACUGCUGCCUCCAACCAAUGAAGAUGAGACCGUCCUGCUUCAUGCCAAAGACUGGCAUUUUGAUUUCUCAACGGGCCGUGUCAUGGCGCAAGGCCUCUCACUUCCUCGGCUCCCAGCGCUUCUUGAUUCUCUUAUCGGAGCUCUACUAGAUGAUCCAUUGGAGGACCCGCUAUAUUGGCUCCAUAUCACCUGUCACGUCGAGUACCUCUACCGCUAUAAUGCAGAUGUCAAGAUCAAGUCGUUUGCCCAGCAAUUAAAGAAGGAGCAUCAACAGUACCAUUUUGAUAUGCUAUCAGGAAUGGACAGAGGAAAUCUGCGUUGGUAUCGUCAUGAACGCAAAAUUCGAGAUGCUUUGCGGGAUGGCUUGUGGACACUGUGUGAUUGUUCUCUUGAUACGGACGCGGAUCCUACGACGCAACCCGAGGGCGCCUAA